UUUUAGUUUUAGUUUUGUUUUGUUGAACCGACACCGUUCGUGGAAAUUUAUAUAAUAUCAACAUUGAAUUCAUUCAGUGCAAUGGAAAGUGGCUGGCAAGCAACUAGAAAAGCACUAUUGCGUCUUGGAGAGUUGCUUUUGUGUGAAAUAUGUCAUGGUGUGGUGCAAUCUCCUACAUCUCUUGGAGGGUGUGAGCAUUUUUUCUGCAGUAAAUGUAUUGAGCCACACAUUGGGAAUAGCUGUCCAGUCUGUGGUUGUCCUGCAUAUGCUAAAGAUGUUCAGGUGAAUCGUCAGCUGAAAAACAUAGUUACACAAAUGACUGACCUAAAACAAUGGAUGCAGCAAGACGUGACUAUUGGGUUGGCUGCCUUGAGUUCCCAGACAACACCUACGGUAGCUGACGCUGAACUAGAUAGCAAAGAAGUGCUGGACCUGCCGAAGCAGUGUGAUGUGUUUGAUUUUGUAGACUCGCCACCUGGCAAGGCAUCUCGGCGUCGAAUCCGCAAACCUUCAGAGGUGCUAAAGAAACGACGAGUUCUGGUUGCCAGCAACAAGCGAUGGGGGUUCGACCACAGGGACUCGUGCGAGGAGGACGACGUGGGUGUUGCAGAGAAGCCUUGCUCCAGCUGCAAAAAGAAGACGCCCCGCAGACAGGUGACGUUUGGGACUGCCGAUGCCGCGAGACCUCUCUUCAGCGAUAGUCGUCAACUUGAUUCUUCCACCAUGCAUGCCUCACCCCAGGAGGUGGUCAGAAAGAAGUCGCCUGACGGUGCGGCGCCAUUAAAACGCAUCGUCGGCUGCAAGGAAAAUAAAGCAGUAAAUUCGGCCGUUGGCGAUGUUGAAAAAAUCCACGCCGACAAUCUUUUUGCGACUCCGGGCAUCAAUUGUAACGAUGGCAGACUUCCGGGACGGCGCCAUCCAACGAAACGCACCAGCGUCGUUGCUGCGACAGUGCCAUCUCUCUCGAGCGAACACGCCGGUGACCGGUGCUCGGUGAAGCAGGCCAAUGCUGUGUCUAACACGAAUCGACUCACUAGCUUGAAGACUGAGGCCUCAGUGAGACGGUCUUCGCCUAAGGCUGCUCUGCAACAUGCAGUAAUGGCGGCGGCAAUAAACUUGGCAACUGAACAGCCAGGCAUUAGCGGUGUGGAGAGCUGUGCUACUUCGCUGCACACUCGUGUGAGAAAUCCCUCGAGGCGGUCUCACCCUGAGGUUAAAAGGUCUGAAAAUAUCUCACGUGCAUCUCUUGGCACCAGUACUGAAGCCACGAGGGAUCGGUCCACAGCAUCACUAGUGAAGACUGUUAAGCGAAAUGCUAAAGGAGAAACGCGCCUGCAUACUGCUGCGAUUAAGGGUGAUGUUAAGGAAGUAAAGGCUCUUCUGGCAGAAGGAAUGGAUCCGAACGUCAAAGACAAUGCUGGAUGGACACCAUUGCACGAGGCAUGCAAUCGUGGCCACGUCGCCGCCGUCACCGCACUGCUGGAUGGUGGAGCUGAGGUGAGAGCCGUGGCCGGCGCAGACGACAACACGGCGCUGCACGACGCCACGAUGAACGGACACGUCAACGUCGUCACGUUGCUCCUGGCACGCGGCGCGUCGCCGCGGAUACGCAACAUGCGGGGAUUGGCUCCAGCAGACUACGCUGUUACUGAAGUCAUGAAGAAGGCAUUUGAAAGUGCACUUACUACGUAUAUCCCCGAUCCUGGUAUUGAUCGGCCGGAUACUGAGAUGCCAGUGGUAGAGAAAAUCAUGUUGCUAGGAAUAGGGUUGAAGCCACAACAGAAGCAGCUUUUGCAGAGAUGUGCAGAACUUCUAGAUGGUACAGUAGCAACCCAAUUCACAAAGGAAGUGACUCACGUUGUCAUGUGCAACAAUAAAUGGGGCAUAAAUGGAGUAAUCCUAGAACAGGCAACUGCAGCAGGAAAGUGGAUUGUCAGCUUUGAAUGGGUGGAGAACUGCAUCGUAUACGACAAGAAAGUGAUUGAAGAGGCAUUUAUGGUGCAGUGAGGGUUUGUCAAACUCGGUGUAUAGAUGCACAGGCAGGUAUGAAUGUAUGCAGACACACACACAUGCGCACACACAACACAAACAGGUUUAUUCUAAACGAGUGGUGUUAUAACUAAAAGUAGGACCAGUCAAAGAAAUAGAAAUUUGGUAAACAGCUAUUGCCAUCUAGACUACCAGCUAAUAUCUGGACACAGCAACGAGUCAUUGAUGAACGUGUUCUAAUGAAAACCCAACUACAUAUUUCUAAUUCUGACAUAUGUUUAUUGUAUAGAUAUAGAACUUUGACCAUAGAGGUAUAGAACUUUUAGAACAUUGAUAUAAAACUUUGAUAUUUUAAUAACAAUAAUCAGAACCAUCAGUUAAACAGCAUAACGAGAGGACACUCGAUUAAUAAAUGAUCAAGCUGUCAUAGUAGAACGUCAUCGCUAGCUGAUAUACAAUGUAUUCUGAGUUUUUUGCCUUCAUUUUGCCUUGCAUUUCAAUAUUCUACUAUUGUAGAUGAUUAGUCAUUAUUUUCUAGUUCUGUUGUAUUCCGUCACAACCAUGUUGUUACAUGCUCGUGAUAAUGAUAGAUUCUAGCAAGAAUGUACUCAGUGACAGACAUAGUUUUGUAUUACUGCUACACCUGGGUUCUUGCAUAGGCCUUUCUUUAGUGAUAACCGUCCCAUUUAUACUGAUCAUAUCAUCAUUUAACAAACAACACAUAGUAAACAUUGCAUUCAUGGCGAGCGACACAUUUCUUGCAGUUUCACAGUUCAUGGCCUGGGUCAGGUUUGGUGGUCACAGAAAAACAGGAAUCGAUUUAUUAAUUGGCACCAACUUCUUGCGUGUUUAUAUGCUUAGCUGAAUGCAUGUUGUUUCUGAUCUAAUGCUCAAUGAUCGUAGCAAAGUACACUAUCCGUAUACAUGUAAUGUUGAAAAUAAAUACAUUUUUGGCAUAAGGAAA